AUUACCAACUCAUGGGCGUCGCCUUCUCCGAUUUCCGAGGAAAAGAAUUCCACUCAAUUCUCUCCUGCGGUACUUAAUCCCCUAGACUCGUUUUCUUAACAAUCCUCUUUCUCCAUCUUCGUCAGUCCCUUACUCAAGGAAAUACAUGGGCAAAACGAGAAAACGUGGCCGAAAGCCCAAGCCCGCAACUGAAGAAGAAACCGCGUCCCAAAACUACAGCACCGCCUCCAUAAAGGACGCCGUUUCGCUUCCAGCCACCACCGCCGAAGCCGUUGAACCCAACGAUCCGGAUUCUCAAGGGUGCCGCCGCGGACGCUCCAAAAAGAUCAAGGUAGCAUCGCCGGAGCGCCGCAGCUCUCGGUUGGCUGAUUCGAACGGGGAUUGUGCGACAGCGGCGGAGACGCCGCUGAUACCGAAGUGGGAGGGCACGGUGAAGGUGGUGCCAUCGAUGGACGCGGUGGUGAAGGUCUUCUGCGUCCAUACAGAGCCGAAUUUCUCGUUGCCGUGGCAGAGGAAGAGGCAGUAUAGCUCGAGCAGCAGUGGGUUCAUCGUGGGGGGACGGAGGGUUCUCACAAACGCGCAUUCCGUUGAGCAUCACACGCAGGUCAAGCUCAAGAAACGCGGUUCUGAUACCAAAUACCUGGCGACCGUCCUCGCCAUCGGGACCGAGUGCGAUAUCGCAAUGUUGACGGUGAGUGAUGAUGAAUUUUGGGAGGGAGUUUCACCUGUGGAAUUUGGUGAUAUGCCUGCCUUGCAAGACGCUGUAACUGUUGUUGGAUAUCCAAUUGGAGGUGACACAAUCUCUGUGACAAGUGGUGUUGUUUCACGUAUGGAAAUACUCUCUUAUGUUCAUGGUUCAACAGAACUUCUAGGACUGCAGAUAGAUGCUGCGAUAAAUUCUGGGAAUUCUGGUGGACCUGCUCUCAAUGAUAAAGGAAAAUGUGUUGGGAUUGCAUUCCAGUCUCUUAAACAUGAAGAUGUGGAGAAUAUAGGAUAUGUGAUACCCACCCCAGUUAUCGAACAUUUUAUCCAAGACUAUGAAAAGAAUGGGGCGUAUACAGGAUUUCCAAUCCUUGGAGUUGAGUGGCAGAAGAUGGAAAAUCCUGAUUUGAGAAUGUCAAUGGGUAUGGGACCGAACAAAAAAGGUGUGCGUAUUAGAAGAAUUGAACCAACAGCUCCAGAAUCUCAUGUUUUGAAGCCAUCUGAUAUAAUUCUCAGUUUUGAUGGGGUCAAUAUUGCCAAUGAUGGAACAGUUCCAUUCAGGCACGGGGAGCGCAUUGGUUUCAGUUACCUUGUUUCACAGAAGUACACUGGGGAUAGAGCUCAAGUAAAGGUUCUUCGGAAUUCACAGAUACUCGAAUUUAACAUUAAACUUUCAACUCAUAAGCGACUUGUUCCAGCACACAUCAAAGGCAGGCCUCCCUCGUAUUACAUCAUUGCUGGAUUUGUUUUUACUGCUGUUUCUGUCCCCUAUCUUCGUUCUGAGUAUGGUAAGGAUUAUGAGUUUGAUGCACCGGUGAAGCUUCUCGAAAAGCAUCUACAUUCUAUGGCGCAGUCUGUUGAUGAACAGCUUGUAGUUGUUUCUCAGGUUCUUGUGUCUGACAUCAAUAUUGGAUAUGAGGAGAUAGUAAACACUCAGGUUCUUGCUUUCAAUGGUAAACCUGUGAAGAAUCUGAAGAACUUGGCCACGAUGGUAGAGAGCUGUGAUGGUGAAUAUCUAAAGUUUGAUCUGGAAUACCAACAGAUAGUAGUGUUAAAAACCAGUACUGCAAAGGCUGCAACCUUAGAUAUCCUCACCACACACUGUAUACCUUCUGCAAUGUCUGAGGAUCUGAAGACAUAAAAAGUUUUGCUGCAUGCUAAAGUUACUCCUAAUUGCCUCUGCUUAUUCUUUUAAGUGGUGUUACACAUUCACUACCAGAUUGCGGUACUAUAUAUUCUGCCCUGAUCAAUGAGAUAAAGGCUUCUUCUCACGCUGAAAGGUACAGAAGCAGAAAGAUGGGAGAAAGAUCUGGCAAAAUACAAUAUACGCUUCGUUAAAUUUAUCUCAUUUCAAGUUGAGGUGUUCUGUACUGAACUUAAAUUAAUCAUUCCAUUUUUUAUUCCUUUUUAUGCAAAGUUUAUGAUAUGCAAAAGAAUGAUUGGUGGAGGAAUAGGAAGUAUUAUUUCAUUAACGGAUCAUUUAUCCGUAAUGUGUUUUCACGUACGGAAUUGUAUAAUUCGUAAUAUUAAUUGGGAAUACAAUCUGGCAUGCAAAUAUGCGUAUCGAAUUAUAAAAUCCGGUAUGUGAAUGAGUAAAA